UUAGAUAGUCUACUGAAACGAGAGAUGGGGGCAGAGCAAGACUCUCUGCAACUGCAAGAGCUAAAGCUGGAGAGGGCAAAGUUGAAGUUGGAUCGCAGUGGUGGGACUGGGACUGAGACCUACAGCCACAUCUGGUGGGCCCUAGCUAGUGCUGCUCAGUUGGGAUGGGCCAUAUCUUCUUUCAGAAGAGGCCACGCCGGCGACUCCCACUUCAUGCCUUUCAAAGCCUUCUCCGUCGCCUCCCUCUUCGUCGGCGCCACUGCCACCGCCGCCGUUUCCGUCCUCCACGUCUCCGGCAUCCACAAGAUUUACUUUACUACUUGUGUAAGAUGGGUCUCAAACAAUCUUCAAAAUUCGUAUGAUAGACUAAAAAUAGAAAGAGGAUAGCAAGUUACAAUCAGCCUUCUAAUUCUGUCUGCACAACACAUGAGUUGGAAGUUGGGAAGGCCAUCAGUGCAGGGUGAGACUCUUUGUAUAGUUUUGUUGGAUAUAAAGUAGGGAUGGUUUUGGCAUGAUGCUUGGAGUGGUAUUAGUCAUUUGGUUCCUUUAUUUCUUAAGCUGUUCUAGCUAGUUGCAAAUAAAGAUGCUAUGAUGUUUGAAAUUUGAAUAUAUGGAGGUGAUUUAUGGUAUUAGUCAUUGGAAUCCAUUUGAGGCCUGUUCAAAAUUGGACUAAUUUCUUUGUGGUGGUGUUCUCAGCUUGGAUCAGUAUGGGUAUGGAAGACAAGGUGUUUCAGAAAUUAAAUAAAAAUGGUUGUUUUUGUGCUCAUUUGUAUUAUGAGGCAUUAUAAAGGAACUAAUAUGCUUUGGGAAUGUACCAGUGCUCAAAAAUGUUGGUUAGAAUCAGGGGUGUUGAAAAAGCUCUCGUUGGGUCAGCAUAUGCCUUUCAUUGAACUGGUGGGAAAAGUGUUGCAAACACUUCACACACUGGAUCCGAAGAUAUUUUUCGUGGCUAUAUGGAUGUAAAAGAAAUGCUCAAUGGAGAAUAGAGACAAAUCAUUUUAAGAUGAACAUGGCACCGACAUCUUUCAUUGCAACCAACAGAGUGAGCUUUGGGAUUGUUAUUAUAGACAGCAAUGGAGCAGUUAUGGUGGCUUGCAGAGACCAGCUUCCUCUCUGGGUGAUCAACUACGGAUGGCAGCCUACUUAUCACUGAAAGCCUUGAUGGUUAUCGAGUUUACAAAUAGCUCCUUGCACUGCUUAACUCAGAGGAACCUUGCCUAUUGGAGAUUUCAGAUUUGGUGGAACCUAUUCGAUCUUUUUGUUGCAUUGAUCCUUACUUUAGCAUAGUUGAAUUCAAUUGGAGAAUCUAAAAUAACUAAUUUUGUCAAAGAUAAAGAGCGCCUAUAAGGGUGAUUUUAUUUA